AACACCAGUGGUGCAUGGAGUCCAGGCCCUGCAAAAUUGUCGGGGUGUAUUGAAGUGGUUUGUCGACCAUUGCGAUUAAACGUAAUCACACCAUUACGAAUACACUGAACACCAUAUUUUUCAGUCCAUCCUUGUCAGCACGCGACAGAUUGUAAAAGUUAUUUAAUGGGUGAUGUGUCAAUCGUCGGUGGUGUUAACAUAAGGGCGUUGACAAAAAUCAAAAGUCGUCUCUGCCAUCAGUUAGGUUGUGGGUUUUCGGUAAAAGAAAAUAAAAAUCGAUUUGUAGACCAUGCAGCAAAUACGGUGAUUGCGCCCUGAAAGAUACAUCAUCGACUGUGCACGCAAUUGUUGAACUGCAGUCAGGGACAAUUGUUACAUUAGAAUAAGUGAAAUUAAUUUGUUUGUGCUGUUGGACAUUCUGAGAUUUUCUGUAUCAAUGAGUGCUGACUGAAACAUCGUGGAGUAGCUGGAAUUGUUGACAAUUGUGGGAAAAUUACUCGGAAUUUAUUGUUUAACAGUGUUAUACGAUGGGUAUGGGCUUGAAACCACUCGAAUUUACAGAUUGUCUCACCGACAGUCCGUAUUUUCGUGAAAAUUUGCAUUAUCACGAGAGUGAAUUGGAAAAAACUAGUCAGCAAAUAAAACGACUCAUCAAAGAGGUCAAGGAUUUGCUAAAUGCUGCUAAAAAUCUGUCCCGAGCCCAGAGAGCAUUCUCCAAAACACUGCAAAACUUUAGUUUCGAAUGUAUUGGCGAAACCCAGACCGAGGACGAAUUGCAUAUAUCCCAGAGCCUAAAGGAGUUUGGUAAACUAAUAGCAUCGAUUGAAGAUGAGAGAGAUCGCAUGCUUGCGCGAGCUUAUGAUCAGAUUAUUCUUCCCCUUGAGAACUUCAGGAAGGAACACAUCGGGGGAGUGAAGGAAGGAAAAAAAAAAUUCGUGAAGCAAACGAUAAAAUUCUGCCAGAGUCAAGAGCGAUAUCUCAAUCUAUCCACAAAAAAGCAGGACAAUGUCCUUCAGGAAGCCGAUGCAACACUGGACAUGGCAGAACGUCACUUUUGUCAAGCGAGUCUAGAGUACGUUUUUCUCCUCCAGGAGGUGCAAGAGCGAAAGAAAUUCGAAUUCGUGGAGACGUUGCUGGGAUUUAUGCUGGGAUGGCUGACGUUUUACCACCAGGGUCACGAGGUUGCUAAGGAUUUUAAACCUUACAAGACUGAACUGCAGCUGAAAAUACAGAAGACUAGAGAGAAUUUCCUUGCCACCCGGGAUAAAACCGAAUCGCUUAUGAAUAAAAUGAAGGAUAUGAAAAAGUCAGCCGUUGAGAUGGGGUUGAGUAAAUUGAAUUCACGCGAGGGAUAUCUAUUCUUAAUGGAAAAAAAGGCUUUUGGGACAACAUGGACAAAGCAGUACUGCACAUAUCAGAAAGAUAAGAAAGAAUUCACGAUGAUUCCGUACAACCAAUUAACUGGAAAAUUCAGUAACAAGGAGACACUGACACUGGCAAGUUGUGUACGUCGUAUGUCCGAGACUAUUGAGAAGAGAUUUUGCUUUGACAUUACGGCUGUGGACAAGCCAGGCGUAACGUACACAUUUCAGGCGUUGUCCGAGGAGGAUAGGAAGUUAUGGAUGGACGCUAUGGAUGGAAAAGAGCCAACUUACGCCCUUCAGGGACCAUCGGUUAAAACUGAGGAGACAAUUCUGGAUGAAAAUGGCUUUGCAUUUGUCUCAAAGUGCAUUUCAGUGCUUGAGGAUAGAGGCCUGGAGGAACAAGGGCUCUACCGAGUUGUUGGGGUUGCAUCGAAAGUCAAUAAAUUACUGGCCAUGGGGUUGGACAGGAGGAAACUGGAGAAACUCAACCUCGAUGACAGAUUUGAAUGGGAGAGCAAAACAAUAACGAGUGCACUUAAAACUUAUCUCAGGACCCUCUUCGAGCCAGUUAUGACGUUUCGAUAUUACAACAGUUUCAUUAUUGCUGCAAAACAAGAUUCUCGAGAAUCGAGAAUUAACGAUGUUCACAUACUCGUAUAUCGACUGCCGAAGCACAACUUCAACAUGCUGAUGUUGCUGAUAAAGCAUCUGCGGAACGUGGCCAACAAAUGCGAGAAAAAUCUGAUGACAGUUGGCAAUCUGGCCGUUUGCUUUGGACCAACACUCCUGCGCCCCGAGGAGGAGACCGUUGCCUCGAUAAUGGAUAUCAAAUUCUACAACAUUGUUGUGGAGAUACUGAUCGAAAAUUGUGAGAGGAUAACCACUGGACCGCCGGAGUUCACCAGGCCCUCGCAGGCCCAGCAGAAUCCAGCGACAACUGUUCCAAGACACGAUGCUGAUGACAGUACGAAUGCAACAGGAAAUGGAAACGCAAUUAACAGAUACUCUGUGCACACUGCUAUUCCUGCUACACAUUCACACUUGGUAACGAGAUCCUACUACGAUGGCCCAAUGCCGAUCGUAUCGAAGCCCUCGUCUCUGGACGAUCGUAAAAACGGUGAUUUCGAGGACAUUGAACAUGGAGCACAACGACUGCCGAUAUUCCCGGAGGCUAGAAUCAAUCGUUCGAAAUUGACAAAUGCCAAUUUCAUGUAUCAUUCAGCCGACAAAGUUCUAGGUAGUGGAAAUACUAGUAGUUCAAGCGAAUCAGUGGCAUCGGAUUCUCAUUUAUUCACUCAGGAUCUACCGAUGAAGCACAAACGUGGAUCCAUGAUGGGUAUGCAUUACCCCUCUGGGUAUCCACAACGCAGUAACCCACCGAUUUCAGCAGUUAAUACAUCUCCAAGCAGUGGCAGGUCGAGCCCUGGUCAGGGUAUCUGGCGAGUGCGAACACUCUACGCCUGCAUGGCUGAGAAUGAUGGAGAACUGUCAUUUGAACCUAAUCAAAUUAUAACAAAUGUGAAACCCUCCCUGGAACCUGGAUGGCUGGAGGGCACAUUGAAUGGAAAAACAGGAUUAGUACCGAAGAACUACGUAGAACAGUUACCCUAAAGAAUGAUUACGUGAACCAAAGAAUUCACUGGCGCACUGUUCACCCCUUCUGUGACACAGCUAAAACAUUCCCUAUAAUUUAAUGUUGUUUUUCAAUUGAUUGAUUAUUUUUGUUGCACAUUGUUGGUCUCUUUGGAAUAUUUUUUAUUUUGUUUCAUCAGCAAUUGCAUAAUUAUAUGUGCAUUUUUAAGCAAUUUUAUUUAUCGAUUAGAACCCGAUCGGCUCAAGUACAUCGGGCGCAUGAUUAAUUGUAAAUAAAUAGUCUCUUAAGGGCCCAAGGAAGUGACUAAGGUAAUUUAUUUAAGUAAAAUUUGUAUACAAAGGUGUGUAAAUUUUGUUGGUACAAUUAUCACCUAAUUUUAAAUCUUCAAAGUGUGUAAAUAAUUGAAGAGAAAUUUAUAUUUAUGAUAGACUAGUUUUUUCGAUGAAUUUUAAUUCAGAUAUCGCACACUAAUGCCUCUAUUGAACAAAAAAAAAAGUCUACGUAGAUUAUUGCAAGGAACAAAAAAAGGGUUUUGGUAAAUUUUCCAAAGUUAUCACUUUAUUGAUCGUAGUUUUAAGAUUAUCUUUGUAUGUGAAUAAACACUGCAUUUAAAUCACUCCCGCAUUGGCAUUCACACGUGCACCCUCAUCACAAAAUAGCAUUCAAAUGUUCUAGUGUCUUCACUAUUCACAAGAUAAAGCGUUUCAGAAUCUGAAUCCCAUUUGGCCUCAAAGUGUUGCCAUUUAAUCGAAUUUAUAAAAAAUUUUAAUGUUGAAAAAAUGGGGAGAGAGGGUCUCUUAGUUUAUUGACUAAUGUUAGAGAUGAAUUGAAUCUAUUUUACAUUCGCACUUGAUUAAUCACCUAAAUAUCAACAUAUCACAAAAUUUUUCAAAGCAUGUGCUCUGAAUACAACACUUGCUGUGAUUGAAUCAUAUCAACUGCUUGCAAAAAUAUUUUUUCACACGAAUGCUGAAUCGAUUUAUUGUCCGAGUGAGCUGAUAAAAAUUUUUAUUUUUCAUUUCUAAUACUUCAAUGGCAAUACCGUCCGAAAAUAAGCGAUAUAAUCAACAUUUCAAAUUCAUUCAGUAGAAACUUAAUAAACUCUCGAUUAACGAAUGAAAAUAAUGAAGUUUCUUACGAUUUUGUAAAAUGUGCAAUUUUUGUAUAAGAAAAAAAAAACCUGUAAGCACGUGAAAAUAUAACACUAAAUAAUCUAAACAUAA